GAGUAUAGAUUCUUACUCAAAACCAAACCCUAAAAAUCGAAUUUUGCUCAAUAGAAGAAAGUUUCGUUCGUACUCGCCUUCUCCAAAUUCACUCUUCUACUGGAUUCCGAUCAACAAAGAAUGUUCUUCAGAUGAAAGGAGAUUUUUCAAUUGAUAUUGACCUCGAACAACCGCCAUUGAUAGAUCAAAUCUCAUCUUAUUCAAGUUUAGAGCCAUGUAAUGGAAUGAAAUUCAAAUCGAAAGAAGACGCAUUCUCGUUCUACAAAGAAUACGCUAAUUCCGUUGGAUUCACUCCUAUUAUAAAGGCAAGUCGUCGUUCUAGAAUAUCUGGAAAAUUCAUUGAUGCUAAAUUUGUCUGUUCUAGAUACGGUUUAAAACCUGAUCAAUCUGUUAAGAAGAAACGUGGUAGAACGAAUCAAUCGAAGACAGAUUGUAAGGCAUUUAUACAUGUUAAGAUUAGACAAGAUGAUGAACAAAUAUGGGAGAUUCAUAGUUUUUUUAAUGAUCAUAAUCAUGAUUUGUAUCUGUCAUUGGAUUGUAUUAAAUCUAGAACAAGAGUUAAACAGAAGGAAUUGAUGUUUGAUAAGGAAGAUUUAUCUGUAUUGUUAGAACAUUUAAUGUUUAUGCAAGAGGAAAAUCCCAAUUUCUUUUAUGCUGUUGAUUUGGAUGAAGAACAGCGAUUGAGAAACGUUAUGUGGGUUGAUGCGAAAGCUAGGGUUGAUUGUGAGUGCUUUGAUGAUGUUGUUUUGUUCGAUAAUUCGUAUGUUAAGAAUGCGUAUAAGUUGCCAUUGGUUCUGUUUAUCGGAGUUAAUCAUCAUUCUCAGCUUAUGAUCCUUGGAUGUGGUUUGAUUUGGCAUGAAACGAAAUCGGCUUACAAAUGGGUGAUGCAGGCUUGGCUAAGAGGUGUUCAUCUUCGAUUUCCCAAGGUUUUUCUCCUGACUGAAUUUGAUCAAUGCAGUAUAGAAGCUGCUGAUGAGGUUUUCGUUGAUUCAUGUCAUUGUUAUUCUCUUUCGCAUAUAUUGAGCAGAGUUUCAGAGAAACUUGGUUAUGUGAUCAGACAACACCAGGAUUUUAUAACCAAAUUCAAUGAAUGUGUGUUCUGGGCUUCGACAGAGAAGGAUUUCGAAAACAGAUGGAGGGAAAUGGUGGAUGAGUUUGGUUUGAGUAAUGACGAAUGGAUUCAGUCGUUGUUUGAUGAUCGCGUGAGAUGGAUUCCAUGUUACUCGAACUUUUCAGGGAUAAUGUGGUCUACGAAACAACAUCAACGGUUGGAUAUUAUACAAAGGAAAACUACACUUAAGGAGUUCAUAGGCCAAUACAAAUCUAUUCUGUCACAAAAGCUUGAAGAGGAAUCGAAAGCUGAUUUCGAGACAUUUCAUAAACAACCGGGGCUGAAAUCGCCAUCCCCGUUUGGGAAACAAAUGGCGACUAUAUAUACUCAUUCGAUAUUCAAGAAGUUUCAAGUUGAGGUUUUGGGAGUUGUCGCUUGCCAUCCCAAAAGAGACUGUUCUUCGUCAUCAAGAUUCAACGUUCAAGAUUUCGAAGCGAAUCGCGAAUUCAAUGUGGUAUGGAAUGAAACCACGUCGGAUGUAUCUUGCUCGUGUCGAUUUUUUCAAUACAAUGGAUUUCUUUGUAGACAUGUAAUGAUUAUACUUCAGAUAUGCGGUGUGAAUGCUAUUCCAUCGCGGUAUAUUUUGAAAAGAUGGACUAAGGAUGCCAAAAAAGGGAGAAGCUCGAUUAAAGGAGAGUCAUGUUUGGUAGAUCAAUCUAGGUUUGGUCGGUAUAAUCGAUUGGUUAGACAAGCUUUUAGAUUGGGGGAUGAAGGAUCUUCAUCGGAAGAAAGUUACAAUAUCGCGUUGGCAGCUUUGGAGGAAGGUUUAAGGAAGUGUGGCGAUAGAAACAAGUCGGAUUCAGAUCAGCCUGAGGCGGGCAUUUGGCAGCAACAUGCGGAACAAAUGAUGGAUAAUACAAGAGCUAUGACUGAUGAUGGUUAUUUUGUGGGUCAACAACAUUUUAACCAAAACCUGGGUCAAUUCAGUGAGGAUUACCAUACUAAUCAACAGAGCAUGUCUGGAUUGAUAUUGCACAACGGCUGAAUUGUGUUGAUUUGUCACCAUGUUUUAUUUGAAAUAAUACUAUAUAAAUCAUCG